UCAGGCAGCCCCCUUCCCGUUUGCCAUGGUGCAGCUGCGGCCGCGUUCGUCGCGCGUCCCCGCGCCGGCGGAGGCGAUGGUGGACGAGGACCAGCCGGCCUCGGAGGAGGAGGAGGCGGAGCACGGCCUGCUCCUCGGGCAGCCCAGCAGCGGCGCGGCGGCCGAGCCGCUGGACGAGGACGAGGACGCGGACGACGAAGCCCCGGAGGAGCUGACUUUCGCCUGCGCUCAGGCGGAAGCGAGGGAGGAGGAGCUGCGCGUGCGCGAGAGUGCUCGCAGGGAUAAAACGCUGCUGAAGGAGAAGAGGAAGCGGCGCGAGGAGCUCUUCAUCGAGCAGAAGAAAAGAAAGCUGCUUCCAGAUGCUGUUUUAGAGCAACUCACUACAGCUUCAGAAGCUGACAUAAAGAAAUCACCAGAAAACGCAAAAGUUCAUUUGAAAAAGAAAAGCGAACACAUUGCAAAAGGAAGAAACUCCAACAAAGUUAAAAUACAAAAAGUGCACUCUGCCAGUCAGACUAAAAGCUACUUGGCUGUAAGGCUACAAGAUCAAGAACUGAGAGAUUCAAGGCAAGAAGCAGCCAAACACUUCAUCCACAAUUGUUUAUAUGGUUCAGAAUCCAAGAGGACUACUGUAAACAAGUUCCUGUCACUGAACAACAAGAGGCUACCAGUGAAAAAGGCUGCAGCCCAGUUUCUCAAUAGUACCUGGGGUGCUCAGAAACAACAAAAUGCCAAGAGGUUUAAAAAACGGUGGAUGGCUAAAAGGAUGAAAAAGAAAACCUACAAGUGAAUUGAAGUAAAGCUAAAGGAAGGACCUGUACUGUGUGUAUAGAAUUUAAGGGUGUUUGGUGUAAAGAGGAUCAAUGUCUCAAAACCUAGCUAUCCGUAAAUCACUGUAAAGGACUAUUAUAAAAAACAUAAACGUUUUUGUCUGGGAAAGUAACUGGCUAUAUUUCUUUCUGGAAUACUUUUGAGCGUACUAGAGGGAAAAGUGGUUUAAAAGGAUCACUCUUGUGUAGGUACAAGAAGAGGGAUAAAAAAGAGACCAUCCAUGAAGUCCUCAGGAAGGCUAAAAAGCUAUUCUGGCAUUAUUGUUGUGGUUUCUCCUGUUAGGGAAUAAGAAGUCAUUGCUAAAAAACAUGGGCAAAGGGGGAUGCCCCAAAAGUAGGCAAAUAAGUAACUGUUGGGGAAGACUUAAACUUUAGCCAGCACCUUUGUCCAGCAGUAGAUUAAAUCUGAUAUAAAUGGG